GCAGGUCUGAGUCAACAUGGCGCUCGUCUCUGAGUUUCUGGGACAGCUGACGCUGUCGUACGGGGGGGUGAGUCUCACAGAUGUCCACCGUGUGGACGAGCAGACCGUCAUCGACGUCCUGACCCGACGUAGCUACGAGCAGCGGAGGGACAUCGCCUUCGAGUACGAACGCAUCGCCAAGAAGGAUCUGAACGUGGCCCUGAAGGCAGCGCUGUCCGGGCCCCUGGAGGCUCUGGUCCUGGGUCUGAUGAAGAGCACGGCCCAGUUCGACGCCUCGGAGCUCAAGGCCUCCAUGAAGGUACUGCGAAAAAUGAUAACGCUGUCAGUCUCUCUGCAGAGUAAAGGGGCGAAGGAGAAGGUGGUGACCCGGAUCAUGGUCUCUCGCUGUGAAGUGGACCUGAUGAAGAUCAGGACCGAGUUCAGGAGGCAGCACAAAAGAUCCCUGUACCAGACCAUCGCUGAGCACACUAAGGGAGACUACCAGAAGGCUCUGCUCAGUCUGUGUGGAGGAGACGACUGAACCCUCAACUCUGUCCAGACUCACUUUCCCAGAAUGCCGCUGGGUCUGAAGCCCCAGCUGACUGCAGAGGUUCUUCCAGUGUUUUCUCUUUAGAUAAAGAACAUCCCGACCCUCGUCAUCUCUCUACGCAGCUUUCUGAAAUAAAAUCCUUUCCCCU